CCGAGUUUUGGGGCUUUUUUGUGGCUGCCAGACGUCGUGCCGACGCGCCGAGGUCGUUGAGCGACGCCUCAGCAUGCCCUCGCCCGCCCGCCGCGGCGGCUCCCAACAGCAUGCACCAGCAAUCACGGCAGCAGCCCUCGCCCUGCGCUUUGCAUUGGUAGCCGUCGCGUCGAUAAUCGACGCCUACAAGCCCUUGGGGCUGCGCUACACGGACGUGGAUUAUGACGUUUUGAAGGACGGCGCGCGCGCCAUGGUGCAAGGCGGCAGUCCGUUCCAGCGAGCGACGUAUCGGUAUUCGCCACUUGUAUCAUACCCUUUACUGUUAGAUGUAAAGACGGGGCUACCGCUGGCCAAGCUGCUGUUCUGUCUGAUGGACGUGCUGCUAGGCGACGCCAUGGGUCAACUCGCUUCCCAUCGAGGCGCGUCGUCGCACGUGCGGUUGCUCUGGUUGUUCAACCCGAUCUCUAUCGUUCUGUGCACGCGCGGGUCCUGGGACGCCGUGAGCGUUUAUCUUGUGCUGAAAGCGCUACUGAGCAAGCGGGCUCCCGUGCAAGCGGGUUUAUUGCUGGGUCUGGCGACUCAUUUACGGCUCUAUCCAGUCAUCUAUGCUGCGCCCUUCUUGUACAACCUCUGCUUCGAAGCACGACGACGAAUUACGUGGGGCAGGGCUCUGGCGUUUGGUCUGGCGUUCGCUUCUGGUCUCCUCGGACCGACGCUCUACGCCUAUCAUACAUAUGGCAAUGUAUAUGUGGAGGAGGCCCUGCUUUUUCAUUUAAGGCGAGCGGACCACCGCCACUCGUUUAGUGUCUUCUGGCUGCCCAUUUAUCUUAGUAGGGCGCUGCAAGAUUCAAGGUUAAACCUCCUACUCAAACUAGCGCCCUUCGCGGCUCAUGUGGUACUGCAGGCCGCGUCACUCGUAGCCUUGAAAGAUGAUAUAGAUAAAUGCGCCCUCGCCCAGACUUUGCUCUUCGUGGCCGCCAAUAAGGUCUGCACCGCGCAAUAUUUUUUGUGGUGGCUCCCGUUGUUGCUUGUCGUCGUCGACGACUGGAGACUUAUUUUAAGACCCUUGAGGAACUGGGUCUUGAGUUGUGGCCUCUGGCUGGUUGUUGCCUAUGGGCUCGAGUUCCGCGGCUUACCGGUGCAUAUGUUACUGUGGGGCUGCUCCCUACUGUUCUUCCGGGCGAAUGUGGAUCUCUUAAUAAGCGCCGUGUCGUCUCCACCACCGGAGGCGAAGGCGCCUCCCCAAGUCCGCGUCUCGUCAAUUGUGGAGGAGACGGACUCCUGGACGGACGACGGCGAUACCGAUGAGGAUGUCGAUGAUGAGGACCCGGGCGAGGCGUCGGGCUUUAGCUUGAAACUGUAAAUAACGAUUUUGAUGUGUGCA